AAGAGCGCGCGUGUGAUGUGUUUGUGUAUCAUCAGUGUUUUUCUCUCUUGCGUGUUUCAUUGAGUGUAAACAGAGUCUUGUCUUUGUGUAUUUAAGUGUUGAGACGUUGAUGAUGAGAUGUGCUGUAAAUCAAUAUGAACUGAUCUGUCCAUGCUGGAUAUAUUGAUGAUUUCAUCACAGAAAUCUCUCAGCUGAAGAAAGGUGGCGUUACUGGAGACAAAGCUGAUAUCAAGAGGAGAUUUAGCAAUGAAACGAGAGGAUGUGGAUUGUUGUGAAUCUUCAGUGUAUGUGACUGAUGAUGUGAGUCUGGAUUCAGUGUGGAUGAGCACAGAUCAGAGUCGCACACCACAGACACUGCUGGACUCUAAACUCUCUGAAGAGAAAUCCAGACACACACAGGACUCUGAUCUCAGUCUGACUUUACUCUCAGAAAUCAAAACUGAACCCCCAGAAAUCAAAACUGAACUCACAGAAGAGGAAGAUUGCAUUGAGGAAGAUGAUGUUUUUAUUUCAUCAGAUGUGAAGAGUGAUUCAUGUUUGGAUAUAGAAAUAACGUCCUCAACAUCAAAAGAGCGACUGACAGCACAAACUCUUUCCUGCAUCACCUGUGGAAAGACAUUCAGCUCACAGAGACUUUUAGAGAGACACGAGAGAAAACACACAGAACAGAAACUCUUCACCAGAUCUGAGAUCAGCUUUACUACCUUACAAGAGAAGAAACUUCAUUCAGAAGACCACAGAGAGAAAAAGAAGAAGAAGAAGAAGAAGAAGAAGAAGAAGCAGUUUCACUGUGAGCAGUGUGGGAAGAUUUGUGUCUCUUCCUCUAAACUAAAUGAUCACAUGAGGACACACAAUGAUGAAAAGCCUUUCAACUGCACUGAAUGUGGAAAAUACUUCAAAACCAAACAAAUUCUUAAAGUUCAUCAAAGAAUUCAUACAGGAGAAAAACCUUUCAAAUGCUCUCAGUGUGACAAGACGUUUACUUGUUCAAGUAACUUAAAAGUCCAUCAGAGAGUUCAUGAUGGAGAGAAACCUUAUCACUGUCAUGUCUGUGGAAAGAGUUUUAGUCUAAAGGAUUCCUUACGAAGGCACCAGAGACUUCAUACAGGUGAAAAACCUUUUAAAUGCUUUCAGUGUGACAAGACCUUUGCUCAGUCACAUUACUUACAAGCCCAUCAGAGAGUUCAUACUGGAGAGAAACCUUACGUCUGCGCUCACUGUGGAAAGAGCUUCACUAAGUCAUCUCAAUUAAGAGUUCAUCAGAGAGUUCAUACUGGAGAGAAACCUUAUCACUGUAGUGUCUGUGGGAAGAGUUUUAGUGUAAAGGCUACAUUACUAAAUCACAAGAGACUUCAUACAGGUGAAAAACCUUUCAAAUGCUCUCAGUGUGACAAGGCGUUUGUUCAGUCAUGUAACUUAAAAGUUCAUCAGAGAGUUCAUACUGGAGAAAAACCUUGUAGCUGUAGUGUCUGUGGGAAGAGUUUUAGACAACAGGAUGACCUAAUAAUUCACAAGAGAAUUCAUACAGGUGAAAAUCCUUUCAAAUACCCUUAGUUGUGACAUGACCUUUGCUUACUCAGGUUCCUUAAAACCCCAUCAGAGUUCAUACUGGAGAGAAACCUUAACACUGUAGCGUUUGUGGGAAGAGUUUUAGUCACCAGUCAAACUUACUAAAUCACAAGAGAAUUCAUACAGGUAAAAAAAAUUUUUCAAAUGCUCUUAGUGUGAUAUGACAUUUACUCUUGUAACGUUACUUACAAGUCCAUCAGAGAGUUCAUACUGGAGAGAAACCUUAUCACUGUAAUGUUUGUGAGAAGAGUUAAUUAACAGUCACACUUUGUAAAGCACCAGUGACAUUUAUCUUUCAAUCAGCCUGUAUUUCAGUCUUUAGACGCAGGCCACAACAAAUUCUCCUUUUAAGUCCCUGGCCAGACCCAUCCAGUCUCUACCAAAGUCUUGUCCGAGUGAGUCCCGCCAUCGUUUUGCGGGGCGGCCAAGCCUUCUUUUGAUGUCGAGUGGCACCUAUUCAGUCAAAGCCCAUGUCCAUCGCCCGUCCGAACUCCUGGCCACGUCUCCGGCCAAGCGCUUCUGGGCCUGUUCGGCCUGGUUGAUGGCAUCCUUGACCUUACUCAUCUUCCUUAGUUGCUGGUGUGAUCCGUCCUCUUGACGCCGACCAUCCGCCGAUCAAGGGCGCGUUUGGUCACUGCCAAUAUUUUGAGGAAUGUUCGAGAGUGAAAUACACAGUUGAAAUAACGUUACCCAUAGAAGUACACUAAAUUUUAGUUUCUGUACACUACAUGCUAGGUUAGUAAACCAAGAGACACAGAGAGUAAUGGCGCUUUUCCAUUGCAUAGCACCCCACGGUUUAGUUUAGUUUGGGUCGGGUCAGCUCACCUCACUUUGGCGUGGUUAGCUUUUCCAUCGAGUUUAGUAUCACUUCGGAGUGGGAGGGAUUAUAGGGGUGUCGUUAUAUUUACGCCGCCUACUGCUGUGACAUUAUACAAGUGAGAGCGUUGUUGUACAUUCCCAUACAUUCAUUUAUUUCUCAGUCUGCCACAAAAUUAAAAUUGGCCACCACAAAUAGAUGUUUGCACAUCGCGUUUAUAACUACCUCUGUCUCACAUGAACACAGUUUCUGUUCAAACACCCGACCCGUGGCAUCAGUCGAGGGCGCUCCGCUGAGCCUCAUUCAAGUUGCAUUUAAGCAUAUAUAAUGCGGACGUGCACGUCGCGAAUGUGCCGCCACAAACUGCAAGUCUGGAAAAAACUGUUAUGGUGUUUUUCAUCGCUAAAAGGGUGUUUGGAAACUUAUAUCAGAACACAGAUAACAACAUGUUUGCUUGAGACAGCGCAAGCUAGCAGUAAGCUAAAGCUAAUAUUUACAUUAUAGCAAUGAUACUUCUCUUAGACUAAUCAUUGACCUACAGUGUUUUAGCUUCACGUUUGGUAUCAGCUCGGGUCACUUGGAACCCCUACCAAGGUGGUACGAAAAAAGUAUCGGGUACUAUGUACUGCACCCAAUGGAAAAGCUUCCAAAAGUAAACUGACCAGACCCAAACUAAACCAAACCAAACCGUAGGGUACUAUGCAAUGGAAAAGCACCAUAACAGAUUUUAACCUCACCAUGUUUAAGUCAAUAAAAACAGAUACCAACAGGGCCGGUGUCUGUAACUUAAGAAAACAAACAUCUGGUUUCCAACAGCUAUUUUAUAAAAACUUGUGGCUACCAAAGACUUUAGUGUUACAACAUGUUAGCAUCACAAAAACAUUUACAAUAUAAUUAUAUUAAUAUUAUUAUAUUAUUUUUUGUUUUCUCUGGCUCCAUAAUGUAACCUAAAAUUAGGGCUGCAUGUAGGGUUGCCAACUUCCCCGUAUUAGUCGGGACGUCCCGUAUUUAGAGACUAAUUUAUUUGUCCCAUACGGGAUGUCCCUCUUUUCAUUUUUGACUGCUACGCUGAUCUAACCAGUGACUGAUACAAUAGGCUUGUUCGACUUUAUGUGGUGCCACAAGAACCGAGCGGCAGAUAACAUCCAAAUCGUGUGAGAGCAUUUUGUGAAAUCAUACAGGGGAGACUGCUAUCAAAAUGCUCUCAUGGUACUUUGAUGUCAUCCACCUGUCAGUUGUUGAAGCGCCCCAAGCAUCAGCCCUGUCUAAAAUGCCUCAAUCUGAAAUGCCCCAAGGCAUUUCCAACCUUGCUAGGAAAUUCUCGCACUUGUGAUUUACAGACUGUAAGUGUGUUUUACUUAAAGUAUUUAAUGUUGACUUGCAUUCAAAGUUAGCCUACGGUAGUUUCCUGACAAUGUCAGAAAUUCAGCAUGAUCAACGCACAGUGUGCUUGCUGCUACGGCCUGCGUACAGGUUUUUGUUUACCACUAGCGCAUACUGGUGAUGCUGCGCUAAUGUGUGACGUAGUCGUCAAAGCCUCCGUGACAUCGUCGUACAGUCUACAUCAGGGUUCCCCAAAUCUUACUCUGGAGGGCCAGAGCACUGCAGAGCUUAGCUCCAACCCUGAUCUCACACACACCUGAGCAAGCUAAUCAAAUUCUUUAUGAUCACUAGAAAAUCACAGUUGGGUAAGUUUGAUUAGGGUCGGACCUAAACUCUGUAAUGCUCCGGCACUCCAGGGUAAGAUCCUUGUCGCAGUGUAAUAGGAUUUUAACGGAGUGCAAAAAUCCUGCAGUGUAUUCCAGGCUUUAGACAGAUAUUAAAGAUAAUGGUUCAGUUAAAUUAACAAACCAUUUAAAAACCUGUUGCCAAGGCAUAAGAGUUACAAAUUUAUAUUUAAUUAGGAGAUUAGCUAUCAUGUUGACAAAUGACUUGAAUACACUGUAUAUUUACACAAAACCAUACCCGCACCGCUGCGGCAGGCCAUCUUGUGUCCCGUAUUUCAGAGGGAGAAAGUUGCGCAUCUCUUCAGUAAAGCCGGUUCCUUGAUUAGUUGUAAAUCGGCAUCACCUGCUUUCAAAAGCAGCAGCUGAUGAUGGCGCUUUACUAUUAAUCUUUGGUGGGUUAUCUGGGUAUGCAGGAUAAAACAUGCAGUAACAAACGUCCAAUCGACCAAUGAACGGCUAAUCGAACGUCUGACCAAACGUCUUGAACUAUCAGUGCCUAGCAAUGUGUGCGACCCACCUGACGACCUGACAUGACGUCAGUGCCUUAAAAUUAGCGGGUUUUUUAUGAGGUAAGGUGCCAAGCUAUUAAAAAGUGUGUGUUUGUCUGGGAGCAAACAUACUGUUCUUAACUAUCAACUAAGUCUUAAUUCUAGGGCUGGGUAAAAAUAUCGAUUCAUCAAUGCAUUGCAAUUAUUUGUUCCUCAAUUCAAUAUCGAUUCAUCAAAUCCUAUGAAAUCCGCCUUUUCUGACACUUUUUGUUUGAUAUGGCGGCUCAAUGAUGACUUGCUUAUCCACAAUGCAUUAGAUGUCUUAAUAAAGGAAACGCAUUAAAACAAUUAGUAGCAGUUAAUCACCCAUCGCGCCCAACACCUGCACCACUGAACGCAUAUCUACUGACAAACAUACACCUGAUUUUACUGCUCUAACGAAAUCUAAAAGUAUAAUUUCUCUUAUUAGAAGCUAGACCAGGGAUGGGCAACUUUGAUAAUGAAGAGGGCCAGCAUUUUUUUCCUUUAUACCAAGGGGGCCAGAACCACACGCACAAUUUACAUCAUUCUUAAUUUUCUUAAUUAAGAAACUACAAUAAUACAAUUAACCUGUCUUUAAAGAUUUUAACUAUAAAACUUAGCAAUUAUGCUAAUUCUGAAUCAUAACUUUAUUUUCAGUGGACAAGCAUUUUAGAUAAAAUUUCUUAACUGCAUUGCUUUAAUAUCUGUAACAAGCAAGGCACUUUUAAAUUAGUAUAGAGGAGUUUUUCAUCCCGCCCUUAGAGAACAAAAUUAUUUGAAAUAAAUAAUCAGCCAAACCAGUGGCAUUGUUUUGAACCCAACUGGACCCGAAUGUAAACUGGCGUGUGUUCAGUCUGCAGCCCCGGUGGCCUCGCAACAAAUUUGGCGAGCUGCUCCAUUUGUUUAUAUGACGAUGACACCAAGGUAACAGCUAAAAUGUUCAUUUAAAAAUAUCUGACAUGUCUGUCUCGAUGAAAAUUAACCUAUCGCCAGCCACACAAUGUCGCAAGCGCUCUUGGCAAACAAAGGAGAGGUUUGAAAAUGACAUUGACACACACAUGCGAAAGUUCAGGGCUUUCCGGGUCCAUUUGGCAAAAACCCAUUAAUUUUAAAUAACCCGAGACCCGAUUAUUGUACCUGACCCGUGUCCGAGGCACACGUGAAACUUUUAGACCCGAACCUGAUCAGAUCUCAGGUCCGACCUCUGGUUUUCGGACCUGUGAAGACCUCUACUUCACACACGGGACUAUGCUUACUGUGACGAUCCGCGGGACCUAGCGCCCCCUCCUGGUUGGGAGUAUUUACGUCCUAAUACAAAAAUCAUCAUUUUAAAAGUAUUUGAUUAAGUAUAAUAUGGGCCAGCGGGCCGUAUUAAAAUUUUCCCCGGCCCGUGUGCAGCCCUCGGGCCGCCAGUUGCCCGUCCCUGAGCUAGACUAAUGUUCGCCAGUUAUUAAGAUGGCUGUUGUAGUUUAAAUAGGGGUAGUGAAAUAAUUAGCUUUGACAAAAACAGCAUAAAACAAUGUUAUGUUACAUAUUGUAAACUUUUUUGUCAUGUGUACUAAAGUGAGUAAAUAAGUUAAAUUCUCAAUGAGUGUGAUAUGGCUCUUGUUUACCCCUUUAAAUGUAAAUUAAAGCAUCUUACAGUGCACUUAUGUUGUUAUGCAGUUUUAAAAUACAACAUAUGAACAUGUCUGGAUGUAGAAAAAGCCUACUUGGACAUCUUACAAUGCACUAAUUUUGUUGUAUGCAGUUUGAAAAUACAUGUUUGUAGAAAAAGCCUAUUGUACAAUGCACUGAUUUUGUUGUUAUGCAGUUUAAAAAUAGGAAAAUGUAGUCAUAAUCACUGAUAUAUCUUCGGCCCCUUAUAUGAGAUGCUUUUCAUGAACUGGAAUCUUCACUUCCUAUCAAAAAAUGCUCUUUCAUUUUUUCAGCCACAUGUUUUGAAGGUACCCCCACAAUGUGAAGUCAGUGUCAUCUAGUGGUCAAAAUGUUUAUAAUAAAAUCAGAUCUACACAUCAGAGGUAUUUGGAUCAAUGACUAAGGAUUUCAUCAGGCCAAUUCUAAAAUACAAAAAAAUCUGUUGCAAUUGCUCAAACUUUAAGAAUGUUGUUUAGACAUAAAUUUGUAUUAUAAUAUAUUAUUAAACACCCAGGAAGGAGGGCACCCACUUGAAGGGUGCCAUCACUCAAAUGACCAUCCCACGGAGUCUCAACGAUGCCUCAGGUAAGUAUUAAGGGAUAUUAACAUCAAGUCCUAUACAAUAGAUCGGUGUUGUUGGAUAAUUGCGGUAGAUAGUUUGCCAACCUGUUUGCCACUGAACCUGCAUUAAGGACAACAGUGGGGCCUCUGGCCUUCGUCAAAUGGGUUGGCACGCAUGGUCGGGUUGCAGUGAGAUUUUUGCGUUUUCUUGUGGUCUUGAAUAGUUUGACACUGAACCUGCAUUAACGACGACAGUGGGCCUUCUGGCCUUAGUCAAACGGGUUAGCGUGUAUGGUCGGGUUGUGGUGAGAUUGAGGUUAGGUCAUGUCAAGGGUUAUGCACUGAGUUACGAGAAAGGAGAAAUCUCAGGAGAUGGAAGGGGUGAAGAGUAGUGUGGCAGAGGGUCACUCAAAUAACCAUCCCACAGAGUCUCAUCGGUGCCUCAAGUAUACAUUAAGGGAUAUCAACAUCAAGUCAUAUACAACAGAUCUUAAAUCAGGUGAUGAAACAGUUUUUUAUCUAGAUUAAUUGACUGUAGCCUUAAAUAAUUGUUGCACCAUAGGGCAUGUUUUUAUCUUAAAAUGAAUUAAAUUCCUUGUUUUUGUUCUCAUUAAUUUAAGUUUAGAAAAAAAUAAAUAGCAUUUCUUUUGAGUUUUUAUAAGUAAUCAUCGCAUAUGUUUGUUGUAAAAUUUGAGAGUUGCCAUCAAAAAUGUAGGCGUCACAUCAUUGACCCAUUUACAAAUUACAAAAUGUACUUUCACAAACAAACAAGCUUAUAACUCAUUAGAUAUAGGUCAUCUAAACUUAAAUAGAAUUUUCAUUAUUCUCAGUUUGACAAUUUACAACCAUGUCUGUAUAAAGAAAUCAGACCCUCACUCUUGAUUUUCCUCAUGCCCUGCCCUGUGAGGUCAUUGUAAACAACAAUUCAUUCAUAAUUAAUGAUGUCUAUAAAAGUGCACAUACUGUAUCAGGUCUACAGCAUUUGGUAGCUAAAUUUAAACUCAAUCUUUGGGAUUCUUAUCUUUCUGUACACACUGGAAGAACAACUGAAAUUGUGCAAAUAUGACAGACACCAGGAAAAAGUUACACUCCCAUAUGACAUGCCACCAGUCA